CUGCCGACGACGAGACCAACAACUCAUGAUAGAACUGCACGCGGCCAUGGUCCAGGACUCCGACAGUAUCCACUCCACCCCGCCCAGAGGCACAGAAAUGGUGAGUGGUCCUGGAACAAUGGGCGGUCCUCCACUGAAGACACGGCAGAGCAGCGUGGACGGCGACAGGCCGUGCGAAGGCUGCGGCCUCCGAAUCAACGACCGCUACCUGCUCAGCGUUGGCGAAAGUUUGUGGCACGAGCAGUGCGUGGCUUGCGCCGCUUGUGGGGUCAUGCUGACCAACUCGUGCUAUUGGAGGAACGCCAAACUCUACUGCAAGGACGACUACGACAGGAUAUUUGGAGUGAAGUGCUCCGGGUGUGGGCAACGGGUGCUGCCUCACGAGCUCGUGAUGAAGGCGCAGACCCACGUAUUCCAUUUGCGCUGCUUUGUAUGCACUGUCUGUUGCCAGCAGCUCCAAAAGGGCGAUCAAUUCGUGAUCAAGGCAGGACAGCUUUUCUGCAGGGCUGACUACGAAAAGGAGCUCUACAUGAUGCAGCAGGCCAGCCCCAGAGACGGCGUGUUGGAUGAAAACAGCAGACCGAGGGAUGGUCGGAGAGGGCCCAAAAGACCACGCACCAUUUUGACCUCGGCUCAAAGACGCCAAUUCAAGGCGUCCUUUGAAGUCAGCCCCAAACCUUGCAGAAAGGUCAGGGAAGCUUUGGCAAAGGACACAGGUCUCAGCGUCAGGGUGGUCCAGGUUUGGUUCCAAAACCAGCGCGCUAAAAUGAAGAAGAUCCAAAGAAAAGCCAAGCAGGACGCUGACAAGCAUCCAAAGAACAAAGACAAAGAUCUCGAUGACACCAGGAUUAAGCAGGAAGACUCUCACUCCGAUUCAGACCUCUUAGGAAUGGGAAUGCGAGACCCAAGCGAAGCUUUCACGCCUGGAAGCCAACCUCUUAAUCCCAACAUGCCCUACUCUCCAGAUGAUAACUACCCAACCCACUCCGGCGAAAGUUUUGCCAGUUCAGACAUUUCCCUGGACGGCAGUACGAAUUUCGACCAGUUGGACGAGACGGCGUCUGACAGCAUGUCCCUGCAGACACUAGAGCCUGUUUCUCACCAGACCACACUCGACAUUCCUGGGAUGACCUCAUUUGGGCCAGUCAACCCUAUCGACAAGCUCUACCUGAUGCAGAACUCGUACUUCAGUACGGAGCAGUGACAAGAGGCCACUUUCUUCUCACCCUUUUACACAUAAGAAGGGACUCGAUGCUUUAUAUUAAACCUCUAGUCAGUGUGUAAUAUGGAGCAUGGUUUUGUGAUAUUCUUAAUAAAUCGAAAAAUUAAUUUAUUUAAUGAAUUAUGACUGUGAAUGAAAUAAAUUAUAUAUGAAGCGAGUCAAAAGAGU